UCGAUCCUCCCAACCCAAACCCUAGCGGACGCACCGCUGCCAUGGCCGAAUCCGGCGAGUCGUCCCCGAACUCAGCCGCGGCCACGGACGACACGCACCACGAGAUGCCGGAGGCCGGAGCGGCUGCGGCGGCGGUGCAUGCGCAGCCGCGCCCGCCGCCGCCGCCAUCCAAGGUGCGGCUGAUGGUCAGCUACGGGGGCCGCAUCCAGCCGCGGCCGAACGACAACCAGCUCGCGUACGUCAACGGCGAGACCAAGAUCCUGUCGCUCGAGAGGCCGCUCUGCUUCCCGGACUUCGCCGCGCGCCUCGCCGCGCUUGUGGGGAACGCCGCGGACGUCCGCGUCAAGUACCAGCUGCCCGGGGAGGACCUGGACGCGCUCGUCUCCGUCACCAACGACGAGGAUCUGGAGCACCUCGUCCACGAGUACGACCGCCUCCACGUCCAUCGCCACGCCACGGCCUCCUCCGCCGGCUCCAGCCGCGGCGGAUCCGCGCCCAGGCUCAGGGUCUUCCUCUUCCCCGUCCAGUCGCCCCCGCCUCCGCCGCAGCCGGCCGGGAUCCUCGAGCCUAAGGUUGAGCAGCGCCAAUGGUUCGUCGAUGCGCUCAACACCGUCCUGCUGCCCUCGUCCAAGCAGGACCCGCCGCCCGUGCCCCCGCAGCAGCAGAAGCAGGAGCAGGAGUCGGUCUUCGCGCAGCAGUCGCCACCGCCGCAGGCCAAGCACGAGGCGGUGUUCGUCCAGCAGUCCCCGCCUCAGCCGCAGACGGUGGUGCAGAUGCAGAUGCCGCCGCCGCAGCACGUGGUGCUCGCGGCGGCGAGCCCCGACUACCUGUUCGGCCUCGACAAUGGCUUCGUCCAUCCCCCCGCGGUGAAGGUCAAGGACCCGGCGGGCGAUCCUCCUGCGGUCAGGGAGAGCGUGCCCGUGGAGUUACCAGCCAAAAACGAGGACCGCCAUCCCAUUCCCAACCCCGCGGGCGACAACGUGGCUGUCUCCCCUGCGGAGUACCAGCGCCAGAUCCCGGGGCUCGAGAAGCUGCAGGUCGCCGACAACGCCGCCCACCAACCACCUCCUCCUGCGCCAGCGCCUGCGCCGGCACCUUCCCUCGCCCCGACUCCCGUCCCCGCCGCGCUCCCGAGAAACGGCAGCGACGACUCCCUGACCCGUGGCUACCCUCUCGCGACCCCCACCCCGAACUCCAGCGCGGAGUACUACCUUCCAAAGUUCCCGGAGAAGCCCCCCGUGCCGCCGCCGCCGCAGUCAUCCGCUCCGCCCCCACCGACCUAUCUGCAGGUGCAGGGCAGGUACACAUCCGUGGCCCCUGGCUCCGGCGCAGACCGUGGCCCCGUGUUCUUCAUCCCGGCGCCCCACGGCUACUUCGCCGCCACGGCCUCGCCAGGUGCGACCUCCUACCCCGCCGUGUACGCCGUCGCGCCACCCAGUACCGCCGCCAACGGCUCCGCCGCGUCGCCCGCGGCGUCGAAUGCCACGGCCUACUCCCCCGCCCCCACGCAGGUCGCGUACGACAGCAACGGCCGCGCCAUCUACUACACCAGCAUGCUCCCCCAGUACCCGUCGGCUGUCAAUGGCAUGUCCUCGGCGGGCGCCGUUCUCGGGACAGAGCCCGUGAAUCCGGUGGCCGUGAAGCCGACCGUGUCGUGACCACCCCAGCUUACACCUCGCCUCAUCACAAACACCAAUGGAUCAAAAUUUUCUUUCAUCCUCACCAGUGGUCAAUGGACUGUCUAGAGUUGUUUUUUUGUGCCUGUUGGUGUUCUGGGUUCAUGAUAUGAUGACGAUGCAAGUAUGAGUAGUUGUUUGUUGUGCUUAGCUGUACAUACAGAGCCUGUGGCUGUGGACAUAAUGUAUAAGUAUUAUAUUGUAUUGGCCUGCCUGUUGUAGAGUUGAGUGGAGUUGGGAGUUGUUUAACAAUCUUGUGCUACAAUCUUGUGCUAGUAAAAUUUGUUAAUUCUU